UCGGAUUGUAAGUGCUUUCCCGGCGACGUCAUGUCAGCCCGACAGUGCUUUCCGUGCACGGUGAGCUGCCGCCCCACAGGCAUUUAACUUCAUGCUAGUGUUCUCUCAUUCACCGAAAGUGACUUUGUCCUCGCACUUCCCCUGCUGUCCCAUCGGAGAACCACCAUCAUGGCGCCAAUACGUCGCUAUCUCAGGAUCACUAAGUACUCGGUCCUCGAAUGCCGCAUCUACCUGGACAACCCCGCACUGGCCCAGUCUUGGCUGCUCAACCCGCGCGAUCCCAUCCUGCCCAAGGUCAUCGAGAGCGUGCGCCCCCUGGUCCUGCCAAAAUUGCGUGAGGAGAAGGAGCGCGAACGGAGCAAGAAGAAGAACAAGAAACGGAGCAUCAAGGAUGUGGUCGUCGAAGAUGACUUCGAGGUGUCGAUCUUCCUUACCGAGACCGACACGCGGCACUCGCUCCUGCACAAGCAGAAGCUGCUCCGCGACAAGGUGCAGACAAGGCUUACGUCAAAUUCAUCCAAGCUGAUGGGCGCAUCCCGCGAGAAGCCCAUUGAUGUGGAAGGCCAGUUCCCGCAGGGAGCCGGGGAUGCUGACGUGCCGAUACUCCGUGAGGAAGACGAGGAUCAAGGCAUCGUCAACUUGGCCGAGAUUCCCGCGAUAGAGGAUGAAACGGCCGCAGACCAGGAACCCACCAAUAGGAGGCCCAAGAGACGACGCCGAGGGCUGACCAGCCCCCUUGAUGAGCAGGGCGAUGGUGGCAGCAAUGUGGAAGCGACUGCUACGGAGUCGUCGGCCGACGAGCUGUUUGUGACCGAUGAAGCAAGCGAUGAAGCGAGUGGCGAGAGUGAUGCUGCAAUGGGCCAGCCCCCACCAAAGCGCCGGAGGGAGAAGGCGGCCGCUGUCGGCGACACGGCAGACCGCGGCGAAAAGAAAAAGAUGACCCUGGAUAUCUCCUACGAGGGCUUCGCCAUUUACGGACGCGUGCUGUGCCUCGUGGUCAAGCGGCGCGACAACAGCGGAAGCAGAGGCGGCGGUUCAUCAGCCGUCCCGCCCAGCGGCCGACCCCAAACCAACCGGCCUGGCGGCCAGGCCAUGAUGGAGAACUGGAUUGCCUCCACACAGCUUCCCGACACAGAUGCGGGAGACACGGACGCUCUCUGACGGCGGGCCAAGGUGCGGCUUGCCGCCAACGCGGGGAAGAGGCAGUGGAGGAUAUGCCGGGCCACGGCGCUGAGAUCGUUACCUACUGCGCCGUCUCUUGGCUGUGUUCGAUCAGCAGCAGCUUGAUGUCAUAGUCUUGACAAGACUGGGGAUAACCUACCCCGCAGAGAUUGUUUCAGUUUCUCGCUUGCGACUGCUGCAACGGGAUGGGGCCAUGAUCA